AUGCACAAAUAUAUUACAGAAGAAUGGACAUAUAAAGUGAUAGAUCAACUAAGGCAACACCACUUAGAUAAGCUAAAGAGCCCGUUGCGUAUCCUUGAUAUUUGUACAGGCUCAGGAUGUAUUGCACUUGCAUUAGCCAAACAUUUACCGAAAGGCACUGUGCAUAUCACUGGCCUUGAUAUUUCAAACAAAGCCAUUGCACUUGCUAAAGAAAACUUGCAAGUACAUCAGCAUGUCUUGUUAAAUCCGGUUGAAUUUGUGCAACAAGAUAUAUUUGAAUUCAAUCUACCGCAAGAUACAUUUAAUUUUAUUGUUUCUAAUCCACCCUAUGUCACUCUGGAUGAAUAUGAUAGCCUUGAUCCUGAUGUGAAAAGUUGGGAGGAUGUCGGUGCUUUAGUAGCAGAAGAUCAAGGCACACGGGUACAUCAGCGCAUCAUUCAAAUGACGACAGCUAUUAGCCCUAUGCUUAGCAUGCCUUAUCUGUAUAUGGAAAUAGGUGGCACACAUCAAGUUGGGCUGUUGAAUGAAGCGAUGAGAAAACAUGGAUUUAAAGGCACUAAAGUGUGGAAAGAUUUGGCCGACAAAGAUCGUGUCAUUGUAGGCUACUAA